AUGGCUGAGCUAAGAGAAUUUUUCAUUCCAAACCGAAUAUCUGAUCUCGAGAAUGCGUCGAAGACGGGUGAAUUGCAUUACUACGUCGAUAUGGCAUCAGAAUUUGACGUGCCAGGUCGCCAACAGCUAGAUGAUCUGACACGUCUGUUUGAUUCCUUGUGUCGUGAGAAAUCUCCGACAGCUCUUUUUUCAAAACGAGAGCUUUUUUAUCCUCUGUAUUCAUAUAUCAAAGGGCUUACUAAUGAGGGCUCUGACGUGCAGGUCACCAAGGCAGCACGACAUAAAAUUUGCCACGAAGUCGGUGAACGCAUGAAAAAGGUUCUCGAGGUGACGUUGAUCUUUUUAAAGAAAAAGAGGGACAAUGUGGUCCCCUCUAACGCGACCCUAGAGAUUUGUCUGAGAUCGACUCUUAAAAUGUACGUAUUUAUCCUGUGCAAUAUAUUAAUGUCAGUCGCUCCUCCACCUGAAGAUGAUGAAGGUGGCUUUGCCAGUAUAGCUACGCCAUCACAGCGCCGUGGUACUCGUCGGAAAAGGCGGCUCGGUGACUCCGAAGCUGGAUUUGGCGAUGAUGAAAGUGGAGUUGACAUGGACGGACGAGAAUUAGCGCUUACCUCUCUUAUUGAGCUAUGCUCACCUGAAAUUAUGGCAUUGUGGCCAGACAAUUCCCUCGAAAGCGGGACACUCAACCUUAUUAUGAAAAUGAUUUUAAGGAUGAUCACUCAGAAAUCAAACGUCCAGAAUGACGCUUUAUCGAUUGUCAGUGCUUUAGUUUUGUUAUUGGCGCGUACAACAUUGUACAUGCUAGCGAAUAAUCAAGCUUUAAAUCCUUUUGACGUUGUCGCUCCACUGUUGGAGCUUUGCUUAAAAUCUGAAAAUGCUGCUUCAUUUUUGUCCAAGUUUGUCGCCGACUUGGAGCAGGAGGAUACAUUUGGUUCCUUGACAGAACAAAUCAUCAGAGCGUUUUUCGAAAACCUGGUGCAUGCUGCUCUUUACGAAGCAGUUUCCGAUGGAGUCGCAGGUAAAAAUGUAUCCCUGUUUCUUACAGAAGUAUCAAGGCGUAGCGUGAGUAUCACUGUAAAAGUGGCUAGUGCCAUCCUUCCCUGCAUUCAGAGCGAAAAUUACGACAUCCGGAAGGCGGUUAUUACAUGUCUUGCUGAGAUGAUCUUGCAGCGUUACACAACCUCAGCUAUCACUCCUGAGGAGGGGAUAAAACGCAAUGAGUAUUUGAAUGAGUUGCUUUUCCGUAUCAUGGAUGUAAACGCAUUCGUGCGUAACCACACCUUGCGCACAUGGGAAAAACUGGCUGAGGCCAAGGCGGUCCCGAAACGCUACCACAUUGCACUUACAGAGGCUGUUGUUGGAAGGCUGGAAGAUAAAAACUACCUCGUGCGCGACUCCUCUAUGUCUGUAGUGUCCUGUAUUUUGAGGAAAAACUGGUUUGGCCAUGUACUUAACGCCGCCCUUAUUCUCAGUAAACUUGAGGAAGCGAAGACUGAAGUAUUGGCAAAGUUUACAAGCGGUGAAUCUGAAGUAAAAAAGCACCUUUCUUUUUUGAGGAAAGAAUUUCGUCCAACCAAUGAAGUCCUUGAUGAUUCAUUGGAAGCGAAUACGGAAAAUGAGGAAGAGCUAAAUGAAGGGGAUGAGGCAUGGGAGGACUCUAGAACUCUAACAAAUGAACAAAUGGCAGCAUUGAGCAAGGUACUUUUCUAUGAAAAUGCUCUUUGCUUUGUGGAGUUGAUAAAGGAGGCCCUUCAACACGCUACAACGCUGCUAGACAGCCGAACGGAACGUGAUGUCUUUGAAUCAAUUAAACUUAUUGUUGCUUGCUCCGAGUAUCGCCUUGAAGAUUCCACUAAGGCCUUUAGAAAAGUUUUAGUCAUGGUGUUCGAAGGAGAAGUCAAAAUUCAGCUCGCUGUGCGAGAUGCAUUUGCCGAAGUCGUUUUUGCAUCUUUUAACCGACUUCCCGGCUCUACUGCAACCCGUGCUACUGCAAGUGCGCAGCGACUUAUCAGCAUGCUAAUUGACGCCACAGAGGGGGAGAUGAGUGCGGUGGAUCGCAUUUUUAGUUUGCUAAAGCUAAAUACAGCGUACACUCGGUUUCUGUCAGGCCCCUUUAUGGAUGCCAUUUGGGGAGUCGCGGAAGGUUCCGUGACUCAGGAGGCCACGAUGAACGACUGUCGGACUGCCAUGCGCAUUUACAGCCUACUUUCUAAAUACUUUUGGAAGGAUCUUCAAUUGAGGAAGGAGAGCAUUUUGGAGUUUCUGGAGUCUGCCACCCAUAAGGAUAAUAUUCUUCUUUCUUACGUCUUUGCGGCGCUUCAGUGCGAGGCAUUGGACCCACAAUUUCGACCCAUAUCAUCAACUGAAAAUCCCAAGACCCACCGUGUUCUAAAGCAUCUCGUUACGCACCUCUGCCGCAAGACCACCGCUAUUGCAUCUUGGAUGUGUCUCGCUAGGGCUUCCGUGAACGCUAUUCAUCACUUGUGCGAUGUUCCCGUAGCCAUUUACAAUUACGUCUUGGAGUAUUUUGGCUCCUGCAUGGACACAAGAAGCGACUGCAACACCAAGACCCAGCUUCUUUUUCUUGUGGGGCAAACUGCUUUCAAGCAACUGGUUGCCGUUGAGUCUGCGGAACGCCAACAGCUCAAGGCUCUUGAAGAGCUGACCAAAACGCCUAAUAACAACAAAAACAAUGUGACGGAUUCCAUGCAGAAGGAGCUUGGGUUCGGUUCGUAUGAAUUUAAACGUCACACUGUACACGAGCUAGCACAAAGGCAGAGACGUGCAAUUCUUUCAGUGGGUUCUAUUUGGCACAAGUUUUCCAAAGAAGUUGUAUCUGUUUGUUGUCAAAAGCGGAGUGUUUCAGCUAGUAACUGUCCUCUUGAGCGUGUAUGCGCUGUUAUGACGCUUUGCCAGCUGAUGAUUGUCGAUGAGGAUUUUUGCAGGGAACAUCUCAACAUUAUUUUGACAAUUCCAUCAGACAGGCGCGAGCCGUGGGUCGUGAAGACAAAUAUUGUGAUUGCCCUUGGGGACCUUGCCUGCGUGCACCCCAACCUUCUGGCGCCAUAUCUGAGCGUGCCGACUACUGGACUCUUUAAGAUGCUGGCGGAUGAUGAUGAGCGAGUACGAGCCGUCACUAUUCAAGUGUGCUCGCAUCUGGUGUUGGGCGAAAUGCUACGUGUUCGCGAUCACUUGUACGCUAUUGUUAGGCUAGUCGCUGACCCCAACGAGACGAUCUCUAGCAACGCGGUAACAUUUGUGCAAAACCUCGCUAUGAAGGAAAAGGAAAAGAUCGGCAACCUCAUCCCGCCUCUAGUGUCUCAGCUUAGCAGCUUGAUGCCAAGUGAUAAAUUCCAGCUUGCUGUGCGAACACUUUUGGAGCGUGUGGAAGGGGACAAACCAACCGACUCACUUGUUGAGCGUCUUUGCCAGCGUUUUGAAGCAUUUUCGGAGCGGAGUAUCAAGAAGCGGCAGCUGGCUCGAAAUUUGGCCUUUUGCUUGAGUGAGCUUAACUACACCACGGAUCGCUCCAUUAAGCGCAUCAUGUCUGAAGCAUGUUAUCAGCAGUACCGUCACUGGUUGCGUGACCCAGAAGUGCUCCAGUUGUUCAAAUCCAUCGCUAUAAAGGCAAAAAAAUCUGGUCGUGUUGGGGCAGAAAGGCGCGACAAGAGCGCUAUUGAGGAGUGGGAAUCCAGGAUGGUUGCCGACCUUUGCACUGAAAGUUCUCAAGAAGGAACUGAGUGUCUUAAUGACGUGGAUAACGAACAAUAG